AUGCUGUAUCCGAUGGUGGAGUCCUGUCUGCCCACUAAUAUAUUACAAGCAUGGCAAAGAAGUGCGAAGUGGAAGGAUGCUGACAAAACCACAAAUAAGUUGAAUAAAUUGAUGCAGUUCUUACGUAUGGAAGUUGAAGUGAACGACGUCGGUAGCGGAAGUCAUAAAAUCGAAGUUCUGAUUGGAGGUGAUAUUUAUGGGAAGUUGCUGACUGGAAAGUUGCAUCAAUUAGAAAGCGGGUUAACUGCAAUUGAGACACUAUUAGGGUGGACUGUUUUGGGAAAAGUAAAAACUUGUGGUGAAUGGUCUUCUACUAGUAUGAUAGUUACGUCAAUGCUCAAUUCGUCAUCCACAAUUACAAAUUUGUGGGAUUUAGAAAAAAUUGGUAUUGACGAUCCUUGUGAAAAGCUAACAAAGGCCGAAGUCGAUGACCAAGUGCGGGAACAUUUUCGGCAGACCGUAUCAAGGGAUAGUGACGCUCAGAGAAGGUUAGAAAAUGCGACACAAAAGUUGAAAGCAGACGGAAAGUACAUGGACUACGAACAGGUAUUUAAACAAUGGUUAAACCUUGAUGUAAUAGAAGAAGUAAAAGGUGAAUGUGUAAGUUGUCAUUAUUUACCACACCGACCUGUGUACAAACCAGACAGUAGCACUACAAAGGUGCGACCGGUAUUUGACGCAUCAUGUUGUAGUGCAGGUGGCGCGUCAAGUCUUAAUCAAUGUUUAGCUAAGGGGCCCAAUCUGCUCGAACUUAUUCCUGACCUCCUCUUACGCUUUAGAGAAAAGUCAGUCGCUGCAACAGCUGAUAUUGAAAAAGCAUUUUUGAUGAUUGGAGUUAAGGAAGAUGAUCGAAACUUCCUACGGUUUCUCUGGUGGGAGGAUUCUACAUGUUCAGAUAUGAAAAUUUAUCGACAUAAGCGUGUCGUUUUUGGUGUUAACUGUAGUCCAUUCCUUUUAUCUGCAGUUAUUGAAUACCAUUUGCGAAGAGUUGAUCAGCAUCUUAGGUCAACAGCGGAUAAGUUAUUAACAACGUUAUAUAUGUUGAUAAUGUAG